AUGGUCGCCUACACGGAGCGACUGGCGUCCUUUGAAGAAGCCCGACUUCCUCGGCGGAGAAAGAAGGUCCAAUGGCCUCAUGAACACCCGGAUCCAGAGCAGUUGGCCAAGGCAGGAUUCUAUUUCAACCCCAGAGUCGAGAGUCCAGACAAUGUCACAUGUUUCUUGUGUGAAUGUUCGCUGGACGGCUGGGAGCUCGACGACUGUCCUCUCAAAGAGCAUCUGGAGCACUCUCGGGGGUGUUCUUGGGCCACCAUUCUGUCCAAGGACUGGCAGAAUGAAAAGAAUCACGACCCUCACUGCAAAGAGAACAUAGGCAUGCGACUCACCACCUUUGACAACAAAUGGCCUCUGGAGAAGAAGCGGGGCUGGCCAACGUCGCUCAAACUGGCCGAGGCAGGCUUCUACUUUGCGCCUACGGUAGCCGAAGAGGAUCUGGUUGUGUGCGCCUACUGCGACAUUUCCCUUGACGGAUGGGAAAGAACAGAUGACCCUCUUCAUGAGCAUGAGCGACGACGUCCCGAGUGCUACUUUUUCACCAGCAUGAAGAAGGAGGAGGCUACUACCAAGAAGAAACGAAGAUCUUCUAAGCGAGCUUCCAAGAAGAUUGAAGAAGUCGCCGAUGAGAGUGUUGUCAUUUUACAGCAGCCUGACAAUGGGAGUGUUCAGAUUCUGUCGGAUCCCGAAGAGGAGCCAGCCCCCCAGCCCAUUAGAUCCAAGAAGGAGGGCCGACGACCAAGCGCAAAGACUGCUCCGAAGAUCAGACAGGUGUCUGUAGAAGAAGAGCUUGCCAAGCUGCAGAAGGAAAUGGAGGAGGAUGGAGACAUCAAUGUUGCCUUGGAGCAAAAGGAGGAUGUUUCUGACUUUGAGGUUGACCUUGAGCUCAGCGAGAUGGCAAAACAGGCCGAUUCUCUGGUCCAUAACUUUGAUGAAGGUAUCAGCGACUUUGAGGAACCUCACCACAACCACCAGCAUGAGCCUACUCCUGUCAGAUCCAACAAGCGACCUUCUAAUGUCUUCCAGGAUGAUCCUGCACCUCCUGCCAAGCGACGAAAGUCUUCUGUGGUUCCUUCUGCACCAGUUGCUCGAAUUUCUCUGCCUAUUUCCGAGGGUACCAAUAAUUGGGAGGUUUUCUCUGGAUCGUCUUCUCCAGCUCCUCAAGAGCACGAAGUGGACAAAGGAGAAGACGGCGGUGAUGACAAUGAUGAUGAGGAAGACGACGACGACGACCAUGAGGACGAUGAGGACGAUGGGGACGAUGAGGACGAUGAGGAUGAGGACCAGUUCGUGGAGGCUAAGGAAAACCUCACCGAGGAGGACUGUGUGGUUGUUUCUCCUGCCAAGCCUCUUGAGAAGAUUCUUGCCAACGACGUGCAAGCUCAUGUGGAACAUGAAGUUGAGGAGCCCGCUCGUGAGGAACAAGAAAAGGAGCAAGUUCCGGUUCAGGAGGAGGAGGAGGAGGAGGAAGGAAAACGGGAAGAACCUGUUCAGGAGGAAGCCCAGUCAAACAAAACUACAGAUACCCAUAGCACUCCUGCUGACUCUGAGAGGCGAGACUCUGAGCGUCGGUCGAGGGCAAUCACCCGAUCUCCUCUUGCUGUUCGCAACCUCAACCAAAUCGUUACCACCAAAUCCGCCACCAGCACUCCAGCACGGUCCAAAGCGAGCCAGUCUCUACAAUGGGAGCCUGUGGACUGCGACCAGGUCUUUGACGUGUGUGAGUCGAGUCCUCAUAAGGAGCCUGAUCACAUCCUCGACAUGACAAUCACGGAGUGGUACAAGUACCAGUCAGUAGAGGCCGAGAAGCGGCUCAUGGAAAAGUGCAACCGAAUGGUCGAGGUUGUGCAGCGAGAAGGCCAGAGGGCGCUGAACCAUAUCAAGGCUCUUCCCACAGUUGAUGGGUAG